UAGAGCCUCCACGCAGAGAGACGCUGCACACGCGGGGAACAGCACUCCGUUUCCGUUACAGUCACUGUCCUUCUGAACGCUCCGCACACAGCGAUCCUUUCCACUGUCAGUCAAAACUGGAAGGACUAUGACAGAUAGACCCAUCUGCCAGUUUGGAGUGAGCCAGCUGGGAAGAUAGAACAUUUGUGACUUCUACAUCUCCAUCACAAAGAUGAGGAAUAUUAUCCUGGGCAUUGUUUGUCUCUGUAUUUGCCUGACCCUUGAUGAUGCACUGGCUUUAAAUGGACGGAGGACACACAUAGCAGAUGGAGAGGGAAUAGAAGCAGCCAUCAGAGGAGAGAAGUUGCUGAAACGAGUGAGGCGAGGCUGGAUGUGGAACCAGUUUUUCCUGCAGGAGGAGUAUACAGGCUCUGACUACCAGUAUAUUGGCAAGCUCCAGUCAGACCAGGACCAUGGCGAUGGCUCAGUGAAGUACGUUCUUUCUGGCGAGGGGGCUGGCACCAUCUUUGUCAUUGAUGAGAAUAACGGCGAUCUGCACGCCACGCGCCGCCUUGAUCGAGAGGAGAAGGCCUUUUAUGUCCUCAAAGCCACAGUGGUCAACAAGUGGACGGGUCAAAAACUGGAGCCAGAGACCGAGUUCAUCAUCAAACUCCACGACAUCAAUGACAACGAACCAAAGUUCAGCAAAGAGGUGUACACUGCCAGUGUUCCUGAGAGGUCUGAUAUUGGUACAUCGGUCACCCAGGUGACAGCUACAGAUGCUGAUGACACAAUGUAUGGGAACAGUGCCAAACUGGUCUACAGCAUCAGUCAAGGACACCCAUACUUCUCUGUGGAGCCAAACACUGGUGUGAUCCGGACAGCCCUGGGUCCUGGUGACAUGGACCGUGAGCAGAGGGAGCACUACCAGGUGGUGAUCGAAGCCAAGGACAUGGGUGGACAGAGAGGAGGCCUCACUGGGAGCACUGUGGUUAAAAUCACUCUCACUGACGUCAACGACAACCCUCCCCACUUCACUCAGAGUAUAUACCAGUUCAGAGUUCCUGAAUCGUCCACGUCCGGCUCUGUCGUUGGGAGAAUUCAGGCCACUGAUAAAGACAUUGGAAAGAACACUGAGAUGGACUUCACCAUCAUCAGCGGUGACGGGAUGGAAAUGUUUGACAUUUCCACUGACAAAGAAACACAAGAAGGACUCGUCACUGUCAGAAAGCCUUUGGAUUAUGAGAAGAAACCAUCAUACACGAUCGAGAUCCAGGUCCAGAACACCCAGGAAUAUGUUCGCUUCGUGUCCUCAGGCCCAAAAGACGUGGCUACGGUUCGGUUGGCCGUGGAUGAUGUGGAUGAGCCGCCUGUGUUUAAAAAAGCCAGCUACCUGUAUGAGGUGAAAGAAGAUGUUGCGGUGGGCACAGUGGUGGGCUCAGUCAGCGCCAUGGACCCCGACAGAGCUCGCAGCAUUGUCAA